AUGCCACAUUUUUAAACGGUAACCUACCCUGACCAGAAGAACUUUAACCUUUAAGAGAUAUAGGCCACCAAAACAGCGUCUAUUUUGGGGUCAGUAGCUCGGAGCCCCAGAGAAGUGGAGGGGGGGGGACAUAUCUUUGCCUCCUGCAGUGACUCAGACCCACUGCCGAAUGAUGACAAUAACACAUGCUGUCCCAUAAAAAAACAAAAAAAAACAAUGUUCUUCUGAGAUGGCAGGCGGCAAGGGAAGCUGAUGAAUUUGUGCUAGACCCAGUAUUUACAAGUCCGUUGAUUUUUCACACUCCGACCUCGAAGCGAAAAUGGAUUUCACAGCCAACCAUGGACAGGUUCUACUUGAGCAGUUAAGGAAGAUGAGGGAGACUGAGCACCUAACAGAUGUGGUGCUGAUUGCCGAGGGCGUGAGCUUUCCCUGUCAUCGCCUGGUUCUGUCAGCCUUCAGUCCCUAUUUUCGGGUUAUGUUCACCUGUGGCCUCCGUGAGUGCAACAACAGAGACAUUUUCCUACGAGACACCCCGGCCGACAGCUUGUCUCUCCUCCUGAACUACAUGUACAGCUCAGAUCUUCCUCUCACAAACACCAACGUGCAAGGAAUCUCGAUCGCAGCUUUUCUGUUUCAGAUGGAUGAUGUCUUCACCCAAUGUCAGCAGCACAUGACUGACAAUAUGGACGCCUCCAACUGCCUCGGUGUCUUUUACUUUGCCCGGGAUCUGGGCGCAGAGGAACUUGCCGAUCAUGCUCAGCGCUAUCUGAGGCAGCAUUUUGUCCAGGUAUGCCAGAAUGAAGAGGUUUUAGACCUCGAGGCGCACCAACUAGGGAAGUUGAUCUGCUCAGAUGAUCUCAAUAUUUCAAAAGAAGAAACCAUUUUAGAUGUGGUUCUUCGGUGGGCCAAGCACAGUUUUCUGAUGGAAGGAGAAGUUCGUAGCAAGCACCUCCCUGAGCUCCUCAGGAAAGUUCGCCUACCCUUGAUCAACCCAGACUACUUAAAAGAGACAAUGAAGAGGAACACAGCCUUGCUAGCUGACUUUGAAUGUCUGGAGAUAAUGAGGCAAGCUUUGGAGGUUGUAGAGAUGCAUCCCUCCGCUGUACCACGCAAACUAAAAUUGCGAUAUGGGAUGGAAACCACCGAUUUGCUGCUCUGUAUCGGUAAUGACAGCAGUGGGAUCAGGUCCAGAUAUGAAAACUACAGCGAACGCAGCUUCUGUUACGCCCCCACGACGGGUCGAGUUUACUACAUCACUUCACCUCGAUACGGAGACGCUCUGGGCUAUGUAUGUGCGGGGGUCGUAACCGAAGACAAUACCAUUAUCGUGUCAGGGGAGGCAGGUGCCCGCAGGAUGUCCCGACAAAAAGAAAUGGAUGUAGAACUCUACAGGUACAAAGUGGAAGCCCAAGGCAGUUGGGAGCGCCUGACAUCAGCGGAGUACCGAGAUUCUUACGGACUGGGUUCCUUGGGUGAUACCUUGUACCUGAUUGGUGGGCUGAUGAAGCUGAAGAACCAGCUUCUCAUCACUAACUGUGUGGAGCGAUGGUCUCUUCAAGGAGGACCUUGGCGCAGUGCAGCACCUCUACCAAUACCAUUGGCUUAUCACAGCGUGGUCAGGCUGAAGGAUCGCCUGUACGUCAUUGGCGGGAGAACUCCACAGUCAUACCGAAUGGAUGAUGAACCAGAUCGCCUUAGCAACCGUCUUCUUGAGUAUGAUCCAAACAUAAAUAAAUGGACAGACCUGCGUCCAAUGAAGUAUUCAAAAUACAGAUGCAGUGCUGUUGUGGUCAACGAGGAAAUUGUUGUCAUGGGGGGUAUCGGCUGUGAGGGUGUGGACCGAGGACAGUCAAGGCAUUGUCUUGAUGCUGUGGAGAUCUACAACCCAGAUGAGGAUUACUGGAGGGAUGGACCUGCUCUACCAUGUGCUCAACUGUCACUGCGCUCAAAUGCCUCAAAUGCAGGAGUGGUAGGAGGAAAGAUUUAUGUGUGCGGAUACUACAAAGGAGCAAAUCGCCACGAUGAUAUAACAAAAGACAUCUUGGAACUAGACACCUUGGACAACCGAUGGACGGUUGUCGCUCGGCGUGCUUUGAUGCACGAUAACUACGACGUUUGCUUGGUGGCAAGUUUAAAUCCGAGGGGACUAAUAUCUCCACCUGCAGACCUUUCGCAGUAAAAAAAAAAAAAAGUCAGCUUGGAUUUUGUGAACAAAUUGAAUUGGUAAGCACUUCAAAAGUGUACUUAGUAGUAAAUUAAA